AUUGCCAGUCACCACACCAUUGGCCUGCGCUGCCGGCCAAUCACAGCGCUCCGUAUCUGCAGGGCGGUGCGGCUCUAGCUCAUUAACAUGCAGGUAUCCAACCAAUGGGAGGCGUGUUUACCCUGCUCCGAGACGCGAGGUACGCAGUUGCACCGGGAGAGAAACCGCUGCUCGGAGAUCCGAGCCGAGAUCCAGCCAGGCCGGAAGCCCCCACAGUCCCACAGCUGAAGCUGCUGAAGCAGGCUCCUGCAGCCUCACAUUGGACAUAUAUACUGUAGGAUCUCACCACAUGCUCCACUUCAGAUUCUCAUUUUUUUAAAUGGGCGUCGCACCUGGCCUUGCUCCUUCCCUCCCUGUGUUUUUUUUUUGUGAUUUUAUAAUUUAUUGUUAUGCAAGGAUUUAACAUACCAAAAAGAUGAUCUGGGGCUUCGUUUUUGGCUGCUGGGGAAGCCUGCGAUCGACUGAAUGCAACACAUAGACCCCGAAGAAGAGGAAAGGAUUAUUAUAUGGGUUGCUAUAUAUUUGAUUUUCCCUGACCGUGCCCCCUAUCCGGAUUUCGGAUUACUCGACCACAUUCUUCGGGUAUGGAAGGACGAGACUUCGCUGCUCCGGCGCACCUCCUCUCGGAGCGGGGCGCUCUGGUGCACCGAGCCGCCUCUCGGAUCGCUCCCUCCGGCCACGGCUCUGUGCAGCACGGCGGUCACUUCACACCGGGGAAAUACUACCCCUCGCACAUACCGAUGGCUCCACACUCAGGCAGUGGAUUGAUGGGCAACUCCUCCGCCUCCUUCAUGGGGACCUUCCUGGCCAGUAGUCUGGGCUCCCCCCCUUCCCACCCGUCUCACCCGUCCCGGCCGCCCUCCUCACCCUCUUCGCCCUCCUUCCGUGGCGGACCCCACUCCAGCACCUCGCAAAUCUGGUUCCCCCAUUCGCAUGAAGCAGCUCCAGGGUAUCCUCGAUUCUCAGGGAGUCUGGCCCACACUUUCCUUCCCAUGAGCCACUUGGAUCACCAUGCCAACAGUGGGGUUCUCUACGGGCAGCACCGUUUCUAUGACACGCAAAAAGAGAACUUCUAUCUCCGAGGUCUCCCGUCCCAGCCGCCUCUCAUCUCAGCCAAUCACAGUCUGCCGCCGAUGUCCAGGGCAGGUUCAGGACACUCUCAGGGGUCCUGCAGCAGAGAUAGAGAUCCAGGGGUAGGGGCGGGUCUGCAUAAGGGUCUCAAAGAGGCGUCUGUGGAGAGAGGAGUGGUACCUGUGAAGGACAAGGAGAGGUCCAGUAGCAAACAGGAGGCGAAAGAGAGACAGCAGCAGCAGCAGCAACAGCAGCAGCAGCAACAACAACAACAGCACCACAGCCACCAGCCGCCACAGCCCACACACCACCACCAUUCCCACCCCCAUCAGCAGCACCCACACUACCCACAGCACCCACUGCCCCUGGAGGAGGUCAACAGUCGGGCCCUGGAGAGGCACAAGGCGGCCCUCACGAUGGAGUACAGCAAGGAGCACCCUCAGAGUAUGGGCAAGCCCCUCAGUGCCUGCUUGCACAACGGCAAGAUGCAAAACGGAGAUGCAGGAACUGGAGCGGGGGCUAAGAACUCCAUGUCCAGCUGUGGGGGGGAGGGCACCGCCCUCGGGGCCUUGGGGGGUGGGGGGAGCAGCCAGGGCAGACAUAUGGUGUCCAGCGGCAUUAGCCGCUGCACCAAAGAGGGGGUGAGUGGGGAGAUGAGGAUCAGCGAGCAACCUUCAGACUGUCUGGAAAGGGGUCAGGCACCGCUCCACCACUCCCUGUCCUACUCUGUGCCCCCACCCUUACACAUGGGCUCUGCUGCCGGAGGGGCACACCCCCAUCCGCAUCCUCACGCUCACCCCCAUACGCAUCCUCACCCAGGGGGCUUCCACUGUCUUCAGCUCCACCCCAGCCACCCACACCACCCACAUCAUUCCCACCACGCACACCACCACCCGGACUUCUUCUGCCCGCCCCCUCCUGCUCCUCUAGCCAACCCUGCCUCACAUGAGAGGGGGCCAGCCAAUGUGGGGCGAGAUCCUAAAGUCACAGGGCCUACAUUUGUGCCAUCUGUGGCAGGCCUCGGGGACAAAUCUAGUGGGCCAUUCCAGCUUGGUAACCCCGACUGCCACGGUGUGGGCGGUGGAGGGGGAGGCGGCAACACCAAGGAUAAGGUGAUAGAGAAGAAUGGAGGCAGUGGGCACCAUAGUAGUUGGCACAGGAAACAGCAACAACAGCAGCAGCAGCAGCAGCAGCAGCAGCAACAACAACAACAGCAACAGCAGCACCCAUACAGAAAGACAGAGAAGGCUCCAGAUUGGAUGCAAUCCCACCACCAACACCUUCAGCCCUCACAGCUUCCUCCACCCCCCCAACUGCAACAGCCUCCGCAUCCCCAACAGCAGCACCAGGUUGUACGAUCACGCAGCGCCGAGUGUAUCAACAGCGGCGUGGACAUGGAUGUGUUCAGACCCUCGCUGCCCCAGGGGCCCAAAGCUGGACACUCUGUCCCUCAUUCUGUCAACACUUCUCCUUACAGAGACUGUUCCCAUCCAGGACCCCAACCCAACUCCUCCCCACUUGGAAGUAAAAGCAUGGGUCAACACGCCGGGGCUGGAGCGGCCCAUGGUCCCGGAGGUAGCUGCUCCUUACAGAGAGACGGUCAAAAGGUAGCCAGGAUACGCCACCAGCAGCACGGCCGACCUGGCCCGGAUGCUCCGUCUCCUGCUGAGCUGAACCAGGGGGCUAAUCAGGAGCUGAAAAGAAAGAUGGAGAUGUCUCCUUAUGGUUACAGCAACAGCAGCGGGCAGCACCACCACCAGCAGCCCCCGGUGCCACCCUGGGCCAUGAGGCCUCCCCACCACAUGCCACAACAACCCGAGGAGGAGCAAAGGAAGUCUUACAUGGAGUUAGGGAGCACUGGUGGGCAGCUCUCCCAGCAGCAGCAGCAGCAGCAGCAGCAACAACAGCAGCAGCAGCAGCAGCAGCAGCAGCCGGGAAUGAGCCUGCCACCUCCCCAGCCUCCCCCCGCACCUCCCCUCAAUCAGCAACAGCAGCAGCCACAGCAGCAACCUGAGCCCCAGGGCCCAACUCAGGGGGAGAGCAGCGCCAUGAAAAGCUUACUAAAGUACAGCAACCAGCAACAGCCGCUGCUCCUCUCCCAGAAGAGUCCCUUCGGGGGGCUGGGAAGCCUCAAAUCAGGUCCUGCUGGGGGGAGCUGUGCCAUGCAGGGCAACAAACAGACUCUACCUACCCGAAAGGGCCCAGCCAAUGACAACGAGCGCCCUGAUUACAGCGGGCGGGGCCGGGAGAUGGGGGACGCAGGUCACGGGGAAAGUGAGGUGCGACAGCCGCCAGUGGGGAUCGCCGUGGCCGUGGCCAGACAGAGGGAGCCACCUUGUCGUUCAGCGGACAGUCAUCCCAACAGCCGACAAGGCAGGGUGCAUCCCUCAGUGAAAGGACCGCCCCGCUCCAUGUAUCCUUCGGAUCCCACCGCCGAAGAGGAGAGGAAGAGGAUGAGCGGGGAACAGAUAGGUUUGACUUGCUUGGACAGAGAGAGAGAUGCAUAUAUCAGGGAUAAUAAGGAAAGGGUGGAGUUUGCAAGAAUCCACCCCUCCAACAGCUGUCACGGAGACCUCACCUCUCAUCUCAUGGUCCCAGGCGGGACUUCCCUCCAGUCUGGCCAAUUAGGAGAUCCUGCUGCACAUUCUGCUCAUCAUCAUUGGAUGCCAAGAACUGGAAGCCCAUCCCUUUGGAUGACAGGACACUCUUACGGUAUAGGUCAUACGGCCCUGCACCAGAAUCUGCCCCCAGGUUUCUCCGCGGCCAUGCCAGGCCCUCUGCAGCCAGUCCUGCCUCUGCCUCAGGACCCCUCCGCCCAGCUGGUGGUCCUGCCCACUGAGCCCCCCGCCCAUCCUGCGACCCACCACCUGGAUGUGAUGGAGCAGCCAGGGCUGUGGCCCCCUGUGUACGGCGCCCGGGGCCCACCCUCCCACAUGCAGCAUCCUGCUGUGUACUCCCGAUCCCAGUUUCUACGGCAACAGGAGCUGUACGCUCUCCAGCAGCACCAGCAGCUCCAGCAUCAGCAUCAACACCACCACCAGAGCCACCAGUCGCAGCAACCACAACCACAGUCUCAAACCCAGCAGCAGCAGCAGCAGCAGCAGCACAGAGCUGCACAUGGCAUGGACAUGCAACAUCAUGCCACUCACAAUUCACAGAUGCAGAAGAGGCCGGAGGAGCCCUCCAAUGAACUAGAGGAACUAAUUUCGGAGCCGAGAACAUCCAAACCUGCCAAGCCCUACUCCUACAACCCACCUCAGAGGAACACGUCUCCCCCCGGGGCCUGCGCCGCUCACCUGUCCCCUUGUUGUCAGUCCCCGUCGCUGCGACCGCAUCCCAAAAGCACUCCUUCUACACCCUGCCCCGCUCCCAGCCCCGCCGCGGCGGCCCCUCACUCACCUGCCAUCAGCCCCGCCCCGCCUCAGAUGCUCAAGGGGGCUGAAUCCCAGGACAAGCGAGGAGAGGGACAGCCCGCACAGGAUUACCCACAAUCCCUGGAGCCCGACUUGCCUCCUGGAUACAUCUACCCGGCGAUUGCCAUGGGCUACAGGAGCGGUCCCUCCCCCCAGGAUGUUCGACUGGCUGAGCCAGCCGACCUGGAAGCGGUCCAAGUGGAGCCUGCUGAGCACGCUCCCCAGUCUCUCUCCAGUCUGGGGGAGGAGUUAGACUGCCAAGCGGUGGUCAGGCCCCUUCCAGAGCCACUCCCACCUGAGGAAGUGGAGCAGGAAGAGGAGGAAAGAGUGGUUGAGCGAGUUCUGGAGCAGAGGGAGGAGGCGGAGAUAGCGGCGGUGACGGCAGCCAACUAUAACGUGCCUGUAGAGAGAGAGGUGGAGGAGCAGGGCCCCGCUGAGGAAGAGGUGCUGGUUUGCCUCCCUGCUAAGAGCCCAGUGUGCGAGGCCGCCUCCUGUCCGGUCCCCCUAUCAACAGAGGAGCCUGAAAGGCCAGAAGCUGUCAUCACCUUGGAAGAGGAAGAGGAUGACGAGGCUGCGGGUGAGGAGAGCCGGGUGGAGCACGCUCAAAAGGUCAACAUGCCUGGAGAGCAGGAGCCAGAACUCCCCACCAUCAUCGAGCUUGACCCCGCUUCCCCUGCAGCUCCCGAGCCUCAGUCCUCGUCCCUCGAGGGAGCAAAGGACGGCGAGCAGCAGCACAAGAAUGAGACGACCCCCGAUGACGCCUCAGGGGAUUUUGCGUGUCUUUCCCCCGCCUCAGCUUCCCCCCCUAGCCCAAUCCAGGCGGCUGUCGCCCACAAACCUCUCGUGCCCUGCUACUGGAGUCUGGAGCUGCUGAUCGCUGCCGCCUUCUGCACAGACGUACCCCCAUUUCCCCUGUUCCCUCUUAGCGCCCCAUCAGUUGCCCCGUCGCAUCCCAACCCCCACCAGGGUAUGCAGCUUCUGAGUGAGCUGGCAGAUCUGGAGCUGCAGCAGCAAAAGCGCACCUGUGGGAAAAGCCAGGAAGACGAGUUGCUGAUGUUUGACCUCCAGAGCCUUGCUACGCUGGCCACAGCCCGGGCACUGGAGAUGGGCUCCCAGGAAGACAGCACUACGAGUUCAGGGCGACACUUUCCGGCCCGCAGGAUCCUCAAUUUACGGAGGAAAUGCAGCUGGACGCCUCGCAAUGAACCAGUUUGUCCGGCCAAAGGUAGCAUGGAAACAAUGGACGGUCCUGAGCUUGAAAUGCGUGUGAAGUUGGCUGAGCUACAGCGCCGCUACAAAGAGAAGCAAAAGGAGCUGGCCAAACUUCAGAGGAAGCACGAUCAUCAGAAGGAGGAAACACCUCGCAGCCCGGCGCGACGAGGACCGGGGCGGCCGAGGAAGCGGAAACCCACCCUCACCACGGGUCCAGUGUCCUCAUCUGAGGGCCAAAGAAAAGUCAAGUCGUUGGGGGCGGGGCUUGCGCUGUCGCCUGAGGACCUAGGAGGGGGCGGAGACAGCCAGAGAAGGAAGAAGAGGCUGUCCAGUCGAGGCUUUGAGAGACUCAGCAGCACACAGCAGAUAAAAGCACAGGGCUGCAGAAAAAGCAGUCUUCACAGCAUGCUCGGCUCCAAACUGGCCGCUGAUGUGACUCAGCUCAAACAGAAAGCCCAGGGUAAAAAGAUUCUCUCAGGGACGGGCUCCAGGGACAAGGAGGUUUCGCCCUGCAACUCCAACCCCAAGCACGGACACAGAAGCCAGGGCACGAGCAAAGCCGAGUCCAGGCGAGAGUCUGGGGGACAAAGUGACACAGCAGCCAGUGUUGACAGUGGCCCCCAAGAGAGCUGGACUGGACUGGUGCGCCGUGGACGUAAGAAGGGAUCCACCACGCUGUCGCAGGGCUCAUCCCAUCUGAGCCAGCCCAGAGCAAGGGUUCUCCGUGGCAAGAGGCGGGAGGCAUUGGAGGAGGGGGAGAGCUCCCCUGCAGAGAGUGACUCCUCUGAUCAAGACGAUGAAGAAGAAGAAGGAAGUUAUGAUACCGAUGAAGGUCAAGACUACAGAGCCCAACCCCCCAGAGACGUCACUUGUAGCUCCUCCGUGACAGAUCCGAGUCCCUCGUCUGUUGUAAAACUGGAGGCCAACCAGAAAGCCAGGAACAAAAAACAGAGACAGGAGCUUUAUGGCUCCCAGAGUCUGUCUGGAGCGGAAGGCGAGGUCAAAGUGAGGAAGAAGCCUCCCUGUAGGCUGGGCCUGGCCACUGCAGGCAAAAACCGACGCGAAGAUCACCGGACCGAAGGGGUCAGAAGGCCGUGUGGGCCCAGGUCUAAGGAGCCUCGGUGGGGCAGCCUGGGGACGAGAGGCAGCCGCUACCGGAGGAGCAUGGGACUGGCCACCUUCCCGACCACCAGUGAGAGGCUGAAGAGGGCGACCCGCAAGAGCACCAUGUUGAGAGGAGCAAUCAAUAAGAGGAGAAGUUGCUGGUCAGUUGGGGCGCCGCCUUCACAGAGCGAGGAGAGCAGCAGAGUACGAAUGAACAAAGACCAGCAGCCAAAGGGACGAGCGGUGAGUCUGCUGUUGGAGAGCUUUGCGGCCGAUGAGGGCUUUCAGAUGGACGGCAGCAGCUUCUCAGAAGAAGAGGAGGAGGAGAGCAGCCGCUCAUGCAGCAACAGAAGCCCUGAAGCUCCUAACUGUAUCCUGACCAAAGAGCUCCUAACUGAUGGACUGAAGGUGCUGAUCUCCAAGGAGGAUGAGCUUCUAUACGCUGCCAGGGUCCACACACUGGAGCUCCCAGACAUCUUCAGCAUUGUUAUCUACGGUGAAAGAGGAAACCGCCCAAGAAUCUAUUCAUUGGAGCAGCUGCUACAGGAAGCUGUCCUGGAUGUGCGGCCGGAGUCGGAGACUGUGCUCAGUGAAGGAACCAGGGUGUGCACUUACUGGAGCGAACGCUCCCGCUGCUUAUACCCAGGCUACGUUCGCAGAGGUGGUUCAUCUGAUGAAGGGAAGCAAGCAGGAGUGAUGGUGGAGUUUGAUGAUGGAGACCGAGGGAAGAUUUCUCUCCAAAACAUCCGCCUCCUGCCUCCAGGAUACCAGGUUCACUGUGGGGAAUCAUCUCCCACCCUGCUGACAUCCAGCGAGACAACAGCCAAGAGGAGUUCUAGUCUGGAGCAGGCCCCCCUCAGUGAGCGAGCCUCUGACAGAUUCAACAUCAUCAACACUUUAACUAACAGCCAAACUCUAACCAUUCACAAAAGAAGACCAGGGAGACCAAAGGGUUCUGGGAAAAAGCAAAAGCAGCAGCAACAGCAGGCUGAGAAUGCUAAUAAAAAUCCUGCACCUUUCCUGGGUUGGCCUUCGUUGGGCAACACCAGGAAGAGGUCGUCCGACAACCUGUUUCAGCUCAAUGGGGCACCCAGGAAGGCCUCGAGAGGAACGGAUGAUCUGUUUCCCUUAGCUAGGACCCAGCCGAUGGCCUCCACACCGGCCAAAGGCCUUUUCAGCAGCAGCUCCUUCGAGGUGGACUCCUUCAGCAGCAUUGCAAAUGGCUACUCCUCCUUCUGUACUCAGUCCACAGGGCAGAGUCCAGGAUUAUCUCUGGGCCAAAGAGGUGGGCCGUACGGCCAGAGCCGGCGCAGGCAGGACGAGCUCGUUGUGCCAAGGAGCAGGAAGUCAGGACAAGAGUUCUUGGUGAAGUUGGAUCAUGAAGGAGUGACUUCCCCCAAGACGAAGAACGGCAAGGCUCUGCUGCUGCGAGGUGGGUCUACCAAUGCGAGCGGUAUGCCCAGGACAGAGGCGUACUCUCACCCAGUCCUGCUGGUUAAAGACAACAAAAAGGGUGGUGCCUCCAGGGUGGAGCUUCUCCUGAAAGGAACCACACCCCAAAGAAAGCCUUCCUAUUCUCUGCGUCUGGAUGAAUAUGGCGACUUGGGCUUCAGCUCCCACAGAGAGUGUAACAGCUCCUACUCUGACCUGGAAGAUGACGAGGAAGAGAGGAGGAGGGCGGCUGCACUGGCUGCAGCCUCAGGAGGACUAAGGACGGCUGGCCGCUUCCUGUCUCGUCUCUCCGUCUCCUCCUCGUCUUCUGGUUCUUCAAGUUCCUCCUCGUCAGGCUCCCUCUCCAGCUCCAGCCUGUGUUCCUCGGACAACGACUCCUCCUACAGCUCAGAGGAUGAGGACGGUUCUACGUUGAUGCUUCAGAGUUGUAUGUCUUCCCACCGGGGGCUCCUGCAACCCUCUGAACCCUCCACUUCCUCAAGGUCACACCAGCACUCCUUUGUGGCCAAAGCUGUGGCUGUUUCCAAUGCCAAAGGAGGCCCCCCAGACCAGGUCUCCAACAGCAAGUCCCUGAAGAGGAAAGAAUGCUCCGGCUCCACCUCGAAACCAUCCAAGGAUUUUGUGAAGAAACCGAGGAUGCUUCCAGAUGAAACCUCAUUUAUCCCGAGGCCCAAAAUGUCUGCGUUCCUCUCAGGACGACAAAUGUGGAGGUGGUCAGGAAGCCCUACACAGCGGCGAGGUCUAAAGGGCAAAGCCAGGAAGCUUUUCUAUAAGGCCAUUGUGCGAGGCAGAGACACGGUGCAAGUGGGAGAUUGUGCCGUGUUCCUCUCAGCUGGACGCCCGAACCUCCCAUACGUCGGUCGAAUAGAGAACUUCUGGGAAUCCUGGACUUCCAGCAUGGUGGUCAAAGUCAAGUGGUUUUACCACCCUGAAGAGACCAAGCUCGGCAAGAGGCAUCGAGAUGGCAAGCAUGCUCUGUACCAGUCGUGUCACGAGGAUGAGAAUGACGUCCAGACAAUCUCUCAUAAGUGCCAGGUGGUGAGCAGGGAGGAGUACGAGUGUCUGACUCACAAUCAGAAGCCGAACAGUACCUCCCCAGACCUUUACUACCUGGCCGGGACGUAUGACCCCACCGCCGGUCAGCUGGUCACUACUGCAGGAGUUUCCAUCUUGUGCUGAACCUCCAAUGAGGACACUACUGAAGGAAGGAUAAAAGUCCAUGACUUUACCCACAAGACCCUCCAGCCUGGCGUCCUUGGGUAUGCCUCAAGGACCCAUGGACUAAAUGUCAGCACCACAGCAGGGCUGUCUGAGGGGUUACACACUGGAGUCUAUAUAGGCGUCUUACCUUUGUGGAAGUGAAGGGGAUGUCCGUAACUGGUUGAUUCUUUCAAGAAGAAUAGAAGAAAGUCUGGGUCUUCCUGGGCGUCGCAAAAUGUAACGAGUGGCGUUUCGAUCGUCUCUUUUUUAACGGAUCCAUGUGAUAGACGGCUUCAUAAAUGGUUUUAGGACUUCCAGCUCCUAUCACGUGUCACCAAAGGAGAGCUGAGAGUGCGUUUGACUGUGCAAAGUAUCACGAGGCUGAAUCGUCUCUGCGGACCAAUUCUUUUAAAGGUAGCCUUACCUAAGGGAAUGGAAACGAAAGUGAGGUCUCCCUUAAGACCUCUUCAUUCCAGGGAAGUUGAAAACAUGUAAAGGAUGUAAAGUUGAUGUCUGUAAAUAUUUUUCAAUUUGUUUCCCAAUCAAGCCAUACACUUCAGUACCUCUCGCCUGUCUUAACUGUUCAGGUGUACAUUGUACAGGUCAAUUAUUGUAUUGUCGUCUGUUGUCUAUAUGUACAUAAAAGCUAUUUUAUAUAGGAGUUUAUUGUAUAUAUAUGAGAUGUAUCUUUCCAUGUUUGCGAUUGAUUUAUUUUUAUAUGGGUGUAGAAUACAUUACGUCGUUUUUUUGUUUUUUUUCCUUUUGCUUUGGGAAGUCAAGAUUGGAGAUGUUAGUGUUGCACUGCAUAUGCCCUGCUGAGACAGACGGAGACAGAGCACAAACAAAGAAAGAAGGAUUUAGUCUUUAACAGGUUUUAAGACUCACUUUCUGAGAGAGAGGGGUCAUCCUGUUUAAAAAAAUAGGUCAAGUGGCUUUUCGUCAAAAAAAAAAAAGUGUUCUGUUACUUUGCAUUUUUUGUUAUCCUAUUUUAAAAAACACCUUUUUUUUUAUUUAUGUACCUCUCAGUUGGUCAUCAUCACAAGGCAGAUCCCACUGGACUGCAAUCACGGGUCAAAAAUGAUUUAAGAUUGAUGAUAUAACAUUUUGACACAAUAUUUGUGUGUGACGAGUGUCCUGGCAUCACUAUAAUCAUGUCCACACAAAUCAAUUUAGAACAAGAGGGGGUCUGGAAAUGUGUUUAAAUGAAUGCAUAGUUCAGCACCUACGAAAUACCAAAGUGUCUUUUAAUAUCUUUAUUUCCUUUUAUUUAAAUUUAACAUGUGUCAAGCACCUGUACUGAACUCAAAUCAGAAAUCACUGGUAACUUAUAGAAUAUUUGUCCUCCACUAUGUGCAUAUAUAUUGGCUCUGCAUUGUGACAAUGGUUUCUUGCACAUGUACCUGCAGUUUUGUUUAGUGCAAACAUAUGCAGAAAAAGGCCACCUGGGAGUGUGACUAUGAAGGUCAAGGUACUGACAAAGUAAGAUGUUGAGUACUGACAAUUUGUUGGAAUGAGUCUAUUUUAGUUUCAUCAGCCAUCUGUGUCUAUUUUGUACAGUACACGCACAUACUCGAUGCUAACUGUGAAGGACAAUCAGAUUCACAAAGCAAUGGACAUAGAGUAGGUUCACUCAAUCUGAAAAUUACUUAUUUAAUUUGUGCCAAGUACAUUUUAUCUAUUUUUUUUUGUCUUAUUUGAUAUGCAAUCCUGAGUAUUCUUUGUUCACAAAGUUUUAUUUUGUUCGCCAACAUUUUAUUUAUUGUCAAUGUUGCUGUUUGUUCAUGCCAAGAGCGCUUUAUGAGAAUGUGACAUUAUUGUUUUUCUUGGUGUGAUGUCGCAUUUUGCAUUUCUUAAAUAAAACUGGUCUUGUAGAGGCCAUCUAGUGAAAAAGAAAUAAAGCAACACUGGAUUCUUCUCAUCCGCAAA